AUGGCGUCACACCUGUAUCACUGCGUGUGCGUGUUGUAUUUUUUAAGGAUAUCGAUCGAAAUAGGGGUCUUUAAAUAUUAUAAAAUCACUACCUCAGGUUCGGCGAAGCUGGCCGUGCUCCAGGAGCAGUGGGAAAGCUGCGCCGGUGAAUGGACAAAAUCAAGCUUUUACGAGUCUAUCAAAAGUGAGAAUCGCACCCGCCGCCAAGGUUCGCGCCGUUGGAUGACAAGACAACAAGUCCGUGCAAAGUACGGAGAUAAUGCUGUUGCCGAUUUGAUUUGCGACAGCAAAUUGAAGGAUGAACAGACAAAGAAUGAACAAACCAAGCCGCAUUGGGAUUGCCCAGACGUCGAGGAAUUGCGAUUGUUCCUCAUCUGGGACAGCGAGGCAGUCGAGGAGACAGAGGAUGAGGUCUUGAGUUCAUUGUUUCAAGCCGCUGACGUCGAUAGGGAUGAUUCAUCAGCAGAGCCAAGCAAGAAACGCAAACGAGACAAGAAAAAGGACAAGAAGAGGAGGAAAAAGGGAAAGACUUCCAAGAACAAGAAGACUAAGGGCAGUAAGAAAGCAAAGAAAGACAAGAAAGACAAAGCCGGGAAGGAGAAGAAGGAAACCGAAGCCCAGAAGAAGAAAAGGUUGGAAAAGGAAGCUAAAGAGAAGGAGAAGAAAGAACAAGAAAAAAAGAAGAAGGAAGAGCGAGAGCGGUUGAGCAAGGCUAAGAAGGCAGGAGUUUUAUAUAGUACUGGUGUUUAUUCCUUUUAG